GCAUCGUGCGUUACCAUGCAAAGACCAUUUGCAACAAUGUAUCUUGGUAAAGUUACUGUUGUAGAACCAUAUUAAAAGUAAAUGGGACGUUGUUCUUGUUAACAUGUUUGGCAAUAAGAGAUAUAUAACUUAUCUGAAACACUCGGUCCAAGUUUCGUUUUCACUUUCUGUUCAGCCAAAGUAGGAUUUUCUGUGCCCAAACCGGCAAGAUAUCACACUCUCCUGUUUAACUAUGGAUACAGAAGAAAUGGUUUUAUGUACUCACUGCAAUAAAGAAGUGGCCAAAGCGAACUUUGACGUGCAUGAACCUCACUGUCAGAGGUUUCUGUGUCUGUGCCCCGACUGCGAUGAAACCAUCCCUCGAGAUCAACUGGAGGACCACAAAGCUGAAGAACACGCAGAGGUGAAAUGCCAGGAAUGCAAUAAAAAGAUGGAACGAAGGCAUCUGAUGGACCACAAGACAGAUGAGUGCCUAGAGCGGCUUCAGAGCUGUGAGUAUUGUGAGCUUGAGCUUCCUCUGAGUGGUUUACUGAAGCACAGUUUGUCCUGCGGGAGUCGCACAACACCCUGCUCUGACUGUGGACGCUACGUACAAUUUCAACACCAGCAUCUACAUGCUCUGGAGUGCUCUAAUGGCCCCCUAACAGUGAAGAACCCUAGACCUGAAGAUGAUGAAACUGUUGAGAAGCAAAUCUCAACGUGUUGGAGUUGUCUGAAGACCAUUCCUUCCAAGAAUCUAGAGGCGCAUAAGAUGUACUGCAAACCGUUUGUGAGAAACACGGAUGCUGAUCUUCACGAAGACUUAGAACCUAGAAAUAUGAGUUCUCCAGACACUCCAGAUGUCUCCUUCAAGUUUCAGAAGGCAAAGAGAUACAUGGAAAGAGAUCUAGAUGAAAUAAGCACCUGUAAUUUCUGUCAUCUGGCACUUCCCGUGAAGACUCUUGAAUGGCAUGAGAAAAAAUGUGAAUUACAUAAACAUCUGAGCCUGUCACAGUGAUAAUCAGUGCAAGCAGAACUAUGUAUGCUUGUUGGCAACAACUCUCAGCGAUCACAAAUAAUGGGAUUACAUCACCAUCACAACUAAUACACAUUACACAAUAAUAUAGAAUUAUUAAAUAUACUAGAAUUAGUACAAUAAGUCAAAAUAUAGAAGUCUAGUUAAAGGUGAUUGGUUAAAGGUAAAAUUAUGAUUAUAGAAUUUAGGUACAAACAUUUAUUAAGUGCAAUUUGUGGAUAUACAUUCUAUUGUCUAACCUAGUUUGAUUUUCUUUUGUAUUUUUGUAGUAUUUAGGUGUUUACUACAUGUUAAAUCUGGACAAACUUAUGACCUAAUAGCACAUCAAAAUAAAGACGACUUCAAAUGA